CCAGAACGAGCAGUGCAUCCGCAGACAUGCUUGGAGGACGGCCCAGCAUGACUUUAGUCUGCUGAUAGCCGCCCAGUCGUGACAUACACGUGGGCGCUUUGAGCACCUCCAGCGUUAGAAAGCUACAGGCGGUACGGCUUCCAGGCUCAUCGGGGGCCUCGAGUUGUAUUUCAGCGGGUGCCUCCGAAUGGACUCGUCAGACCCCACUUUCGCCCUCCCCAGCGACACGGAAAUGCUCAAUCCCUACGCCCAAGACUGGAACCAUCCGAGCGGCGCCUCAGCACCACCCUCGGUGUUCGGCGCGCUGCCAUCUGCAGCGAGCGCACUACCGACUUUUUUCACCUUCCGCUUCACAUCGUUCAACCCAUCGAUCAUGAACUGCACAGUGAUGGGUCCCCAAGCGACAGCCUAUUUCAGAAUCAUCACAGACGCGCCCAUGGCGGGGGUUUCGGUCUUCCAGAACGCAACCGGUGGCACAUUCUCGUUGGUGCAGUGGAAUCAACAUCCAGACGUGGAGAUUCAAGGCGUGGCGGCGAGACAGCCCACCUCGAGUCUAUUAUCGCUUUCUCAUGACCGGUCAUAUCGGAGUUUCACCUGGGCAGACGGUUCUGCACUUUUAUUCGUACCCCGUGACAAUUACAUUUGGAUCUACUAUAACUCUCCUGAGCAGAUACUCGGGAGGAUAUCCCGGGGAAGGGACUGGGUGACGCUGGAACUCACGGGUGAAGCAUUACGAUUGGGAUUAUUGGAGACCAGUGUAGUUGCCACAUUUCUGCUUCAAAGUGGCAGGAAUAUAGAUUAA